AAAUGUUCACCGUUCAUAGCUCAAUUUAUUAAGAAUAAAAACGCACUAAGGUAUGAGUCAUCGAUGCCAAACGCCGUAGCAGCGAUAUGUAAUCAACAUUAUAUGGAUGACUACAUAGACAGUUUGCCAGACGAGGCCGCCGCCAUAACAAUGGUACGUAAUAUUAGUAAAAUUCACAAAUCAGGUGGUUUUCAUAUUUGUAAUUGGACUAGCAACAGUCCAGCCGUAUUGGAUAGUAUUCCAAAGGAGUCCUUGGGUACUACGGCCGUAAAGUUCAAAAUAGAUCAAGAAUGCGAAGGUGAACGUACGCUCGGAUUGAUAUGGUACCCGCGCGAAGACGAGUUGGGGUUCGAUGUGUCUCUCAAGCGCAUACCACAUGACAUAAUUAAUGGUAAGAAUAGACCAACAAAAAGAGUUAUGCUCAGAGUCAUAAUGUCAAUAUUCGAUGUAUUUGGAUUCUUAUCGCCAUUUACUAUACAAGGUAAAAUAAUGUUGCAAGAUACCUGGUGCGCUGGAAUCAGCUGGGACGACUUAGUAACAGAUGACAUACAUAAAAAAUGGUGUCAGUGGGUCAAUGUACUAACGAGUGAAAUAAAAAAUAUCCGUCUGCCGAGGUGGUAUCAAGCAGCGACGAGUGAGUCAGCGAUAAAACGUAGCACAUCAGUUCAGGUAAACAUAACCUCUCUCACCUCUCUUACAUCUACAAGCGUAACCAAACGCGCUAUCGGCUACGAAACUGGCGUAGCUAAUAGCUGCGCUACGACAUCCCGCUGCAAUGACGUAGUUACAGGCGCUACGAAACAGGUUUUGGCUGGAAGUGAAUAUAGUAAUUUAGAGUUACACUUGUGUUGCGAUGCGUCGACUAAAGCAAUGUGCGCAGUCGCAUACUGGCGAUGGUACGUAAAUAAAGAUAUAUGUAUGUCAUUCAUAGCUAGCAAGUGCCGUGUCGCGCCCGUGAGUCAUACUACCGUGCCGCGUUUGGAAUUGCAAGCUGCUUUAUUGGCUGCGAGGUUGGCAGAUACAAUAAUCAGAGAACACAAAAUAAAUCCAGUAAGGCGUUAUUUUUGGUGCGACUCUAGUACCGUGCUACACUGGAUAUGUAAUAAAACGUACAUAGCAAACCGGCUGGGUGAAAUAGACGAGCUAAGCCGCCCUGAGGAGUGGCGGUAUGGACCUACAAAAUUAAAUGUUGCUGAUCUCGCUACGAGAGAAAAUUACGACGAUUCUCUUUUUAAAAAUGAAUGGUUUAGAGGUCCGUCAUUCUUAUACAGCGAUGAGUCAUCGUGGCCGGUGAAUAUGAUCGAUAAGAUAAAUGAAAUGAGUUUAGAACGAGUAAUGAUAAUACAACAUGAAGAUUGUAGCUUACCUGUACCUGACCCAGGAAGAUUUUCAUGCUGGUUACGACUGGUGAGGGCUACGGCAUGUAUUCUAAAAUUUAUAUACAAGUGUAGAAAGCAGAUUGAGACUGUUUGCACAGUCAUGAAGAGGGCUGAGCGAUUGCUGCUAAAAUAUACACAAGAACAGUCAUUCGGUGAUGAAAUAGCUGCAAUUAAAAAUGGUAACUGUUUGUCAAAAGGUAGUAAGUUACUUACGUUAUCUCCAUUUCUGGAUGAGUACGGGAUUCUCCGUGUCGGCGGCCGCAUAGAUGCUGCACCGGAUGUUGAACCUGAAAUGAAGAGACCUAUCAUCUUGGACGGGCGUAGUCAGGUAUCUCAAUUAAUUGUUAGAUACAACCAUGUGAAGACAGCCCACGGGAACCAGGAAACCGUUAUAAACAACCUGAAACAGAAAUAUUGGAUUAUUAGAAUACGUCCAACCGUAAAACAUGUAGCAUAUAAAUGUAUGUUUUGUAGAAUAAAAAGAGCAAAACCACAGGUACCGAGAAUGGGAGAGCUGCCUGAAGCACGACUGGCUCAUCAUCAGCGUCCUUUCACACACUGUGGUCUGGAUUUGUUUGGACCCAUGGAGGUCACUGUGGGGAGACAUAGAGAGAAAAGGUAUGGAGUUUUAUUUACUUGUUUGACAGUCCGUGGAAUCCACUUAGAACUGGUGUCAUCACUUACCUCUGACUCCCUCAUUAUGGCUCUUCGUCGAAUGGCAGCAAGACGGGGUUGGCCUCGUAUGCUGUACUCUGAUAAUGGUACAAACUUGAGAGGCGCUGAUGCUGAGCUGAAGAAGUCUAUAAAUGAGGUAGAUUUUGAUAGGCUAACAAAUGAAGCAGCUAAUAUUGGAGUGGAAUGGACCUUCAUCCGCCUGCCAGUCCCCACUGGGGUGGGGCAUGGGAGCGACUUAUUAGGAGUGUCAAGACUUCACUUAGG